UAAAAUUCGGAUAAAAGGGAGCGUUUUCACGCAUGCGCACUUUAUUUUGGCUUCAUAAUCAUAGAUGCCGACAAGGAGUUAUUGUGACUGUAUAUUCUAUGGUUAUUAUUCAACCGCUCUAACCGAUAAAUUUGAAAUAGCAGUGUAUAUUGUGUGUAUAGUUUCUUGUGAGUAUAAUUGAAAUAUAACUAAUAAUCGAGAUGUCCGAGUGUGAAAAAUACGAAAAUAUGGAUGUAACAAUUGAGAAGCAUGUGGAGAAGCUGACACAAGAACAGGAGAUUCUUCAACAACAAUUGCAUGUUUUACGACUUAAAGUAGAAACUCACAAUGCGCUCGAGAAAGAAUUUCAAGAAUCUAACAAAGUUUUAGAGGAUUCACUCGCUGAAUGUAGAAUACAAACGCAAAAAAUCCUUGCUGAGAAAGAAAGAAAUCACACGGCUGAAAAAAAGGAAUAUGAGAAUUAUAUAGCAACAUUAGAAACAGAUACUACAAAAUAUAAGCAAGAAAUUGAAAGGUUACUUAAGGAGCUAAAAAAAUAUAAAGAUCUUGUAAAUCAACAAUCUCAUGAUUCUACUUAUAUGGAUGAUAAUUCAGCAAUAUAUAAGAAAGAAACUGAAAUACUAGCUACACUUCUUGAAAAUGAAUCAAAGAAAACAACACAAUUGGAAAUAAAACUUAAAAAUGUGGAGAGUCAUUGUGAGGAGCUUAAAGAUAUUUUGAGAGUAACCAAGAAUCAACUAGAGGAUAAAAAUGAAAUAUUGGAGAGUGUUCGGGAAGAAUUAGCUGUGUGUCGUAUGGAAUUGGCGUCAUUAAAAGUAACGCCUGCUAGCGAUACACGUAAAGGUAAUUCCUUAUUUGCUGAGGUCGAAGAUGAACGAAAAAAAUUAUUGGAUAACUUGAAAGGUCUUCAGAAUAAAUACCAAGAAGCAAAACAAGAGAUAAAUUCAAAAUCAAUCGAAAUUAAAAUAUUAAAGGCAGAGAAUAAUGCUAUGUUUAGAAAGUGGGAAAACAGUGAAAUCGAUACACUGCAAGAGAAAGCAAAUCUUCUGGAGAUGUAUAAGAGUAGAGUCUUUAAUCUUGAGACCAAAUUGAAGGCUGAAAUGAAAAAAAAUAAUCAGAAAGAAAUAGAAUCUGUAAAUAACGACUUUAACUACGCUCAGUUGUUAUUAAACACAAAGAUAAAAGAAAUUAAACAUUUAAAUGAAAAGUUAGAGAUGCAAACUACACAAAUGUUGGUGCAAGAAGAAGUGAAGCACGACAUCUCGAAACAACUUCGAUAUUGGUUUUCCAAGGCAAAAUCCUUAGAAGCUGAAAUUUUGAUUAUGAAAACGCAAUUAAAAACAGCAGCAGAAAAUGAUAAUAUUGAUAUGUCAGAAACUGAUUGUCAAAUUACUAAUACAGAUUUUAAAAAAGAUUUUAAAGAAGAUUUUAAAGAAGAUUUUGAAAAAAAGCAUUUAAAAGUUACAUUUGAUGAUUACGCGUUGAAUGAGACUGAAGAUAAAGAGAAUAAACCUUUGAAGAAACAACCACAAGAUUAUCGUAAAAUAGUUAUUAGUAAGAAUCCUUAAUUAUUAGAUAUUUUUUACUACAUUAUUUUAUAUCAGUACUUUAUGUUAAUUUUUAAUUAAAUAAUUCAAAAAUUUUACAUAUAAAAGAAUUAGGACAGUAUUCAUAGUUCGUUCUUGUUCCAAGAUUAUCUUAAAAUAAAAAUACACAUAUAUUAAGCGUAUA